AUGGCUAAAUUUGAUUUUCCUGCAGUAUGGCGAGACAUCAAGACUCACCGACGCGCCUAUGUCCUCACCGCGGCCGCGUCUUUUGGAGGUAUGACGUUCGGAUGGGAUACGGGAUUAAUUGGGGGGGUUCUGACAAUGGAUGCGUUCCAGCAUUCAUUCAAUCUUGACCCCAAAAGCCCCAACUUCAGCAAUCUGCAAGGCAACAUCGUUUCUGUCCUUCAGGCUGGCUGCUUCUUUGGUGCUCUGGCAUCCUUCUACAUCAGCGACACAUUUGGGCGCAAAAAGGCGCUGCUCUUCGCCGAUGUUAUUUUCAUCAUUGGAUCCAUCGUGCAGACCCUCUGUGCAAUCAACACUACCAGCUUGACCCAACUGUACAUUGGACGUGCGAUUGGGGGAUUUGGUGUCGGCUUGAUCUCUGCUGUCGUGCCCACAUACAUCAUUACCGGCAUAUGUCUUAGUUUUUUUGUGAACUACGGAAUCAAUCUUGACAUUACAGACCCAACAGACUCCAAAAAAUGGCGCGUGCCUUUUGCUCUACAAAUGCUUCCAGGCGUUCUGUUGUUCGUUGGCAUACUCUUCCAAAACGAGAGCCCCCGUUGGCUGGUCGAGAAGAACCGUAUUAAAGAUGCUGCCAAAGCGCUGGCACACGUUCGUGGCAAGCCUGUCGAGGACCCAGAUGUGAUCCAGGAGCUGGACGAUAUCGUCAACGAUUUCAACGGACACGAGAAGUUGUCGCUGGUGGCUCAGCUCAAGGCGGCCUGCUCUGGCAAGCGCGUAUUCUACCAGUCCUCAUUUGCAGUUAUCCUCAUGUUCUGGCAACAGUGGACUGGGACAAACUCAAUCAAUUACUACGCACCGCAAAUUUUCAAGCAGAUUGGUCUUACUGGUGGUUCGUCUGGGUUGUUUGCGACGGGCGUGUAUGGCAUCGUCAAGAUUGUCGUAACCGCCAUUGGCCUCAUGGCAUUUACUGAGCAGCUGGGCCGCAAGUGGUCGCUCAUCAUCGGGUCUGCCGGUCAAGCUUUCAGCAUGUUCUAUAUCGGCGUCAACAUGGCAGUCCACCCACCGACUGGAGUGCUGGAUGGAAACUCGAUUUUCGCCAUCAUCUGCGUGUACUUGUUUGUGGUCUUCUACUCGUUCGGCUGGGGUCCAAUCCCGUUUGUGCUGAGCUCAGAGUGCGCGCCUAACCACGUACGCUCUCUCAUCAUGGCCUGCGCUCUGAUGACCCAGUGGCUCUUCAACUUUGUUAUUGCAAAAAUCACUCCUAUCAUGCUGGCGGAUAUCACGUAUGGCACGUUUCUGCUGUUUGGAUCUCUGUGCGUUGUCAUGGGCGUGUAUGCAGUUUUGUUCGUGCCUGAAACAAAGGGGGUGCCGCUGGAGUCGAUACAUGUGCUGUUCGAGGGCAACAUCAUCAAAGGCGCGCUGAUGGACACGUUUCCUGGCAAGUCGCGGGCAAAGGGGCUCCAGAACCACCACAACGCGGAUGACGUGGACUCGGUUGAUGGCGACGGUGUCAGGAAGGAUGGCACACGUGUUGAGCAUAGGGAGGAGGCGUAG